GUCAAUGUCAUUGUCAAGAGAGAUAGACUAACAGUUGUAACGGCCAUACAAGUCAAUAAAUCAGUUGGGCAUUGCGUCAUCAUGCAAGCGAAGCUAUUAUGUGUUUUAUUUAUAAUUAAUGUCCUAAACAAUCAUAAAUUCCUAUAUGAAACAUGGUGUCAGGUGAAAACAAUUUAAAAAAGAUCCUUAGUGUUGUAAACAAAAAGAAAAUAAGAUUAGUAACACAAUAUCUAUAUGUACUUCAGUUUGAGGUUUGCUAAGCGGUGCUUAGAAAUAAAAGAUGGUGGAAGACAACAAAAUGGAAAAAUUAAUGGUAGGAUCCAUAAAGCCGCCUGUGGGAUAUUCAAUAAUUGAUGGAGACUCAUGGAAAAAGUAUAAGCAGAUAUUCAACCUAUAUUUAGUAGCAACAGGCUUGGAAAAACAAGAGGAUGAAAGGAAAAUUGCAGUUUUCCUAUCAUGUGCGGGAGACGAGAUGCUGGAUGUGUACAAUGGAUUAGGAGUGAUAAAGAGUUGGAAGGCAUUAGAGGAAAAUCUGGACAAUCACUUUGGUACCAAAAAUAAUACAGUGGCCAAUAGUUACAAAUUUUUCAAUUUAAGGCAAGAGGAAGAGGAAAAAGUAGAUCGUUUUGUUACAAGGCUUAGGAAUGCAGCUAAGAUCUGUGAUUUUAAAGAAGAAAAGAGAUUGAUAAGAGAUAUGUUAACAAUAGGAGUAAAAGACGUCAGUCUCAAGGAAAGAUUAUUAUGGGAAGCAGAUUUAACAUUAGACAAGGCGAUAAAUUUAUGUCAAGCAGCAGAAAAUAGCAAAAAACAAAUAAAGGAGAUGGAGAGUAAUGCAAAGGAAAUAAGUUUCAUGAAGGAAAGUUCGGCUAAAAAGGAUCAUCGGCAGAAGAUGUUUCAUUGUAAUAGAUGUGGAAGACAACAUGAAUAUAGAAAUUGUCCUGCGUAUGGAAAGAAGUGUGCUUUGUGUUCAACAUUCAAUCAUUUUGCGGUAAUGUGUCGAUACAAAAAUAGAAAAGAAGAAAAACCAGGCACAACGAAACAGUUACAUAAAAAAGUACAAGGAGUGAAGGAGUCAAAUAAUAGUGAGGACAGUAGUAGUGAGGAAUUCGGACCAUAUUCAGUAAGUAGUUUAAGUAAGUUACAAUGGCAUGAGGUUAUAAGUGUAGAAGGCUAUAAUAUAAAAUUUAAGUUGGACUCUGGAGCAGAUUGUAAUGUUAUGCCGCUUAGGUUAUUUAAUAAAAUUACAAAGGGAGAAUAUAGGUUAGGAAAGCCAACGGUUCUGGUAGUUUAUAAUGGUCAAGAGGUAAAAACAUCGGGAAGUGUUGAACUAAAUUGUAUUGUUAAAGGACAAAAAGGUUGUAUUAGGUUUUGUUUGGUAGAUAUGCAGGUUCAGCCAGUGUUAGGGUUGCCAGAUUGUGUAAAAUUUAAUUUAAUUAAUAAAGUAGACAAUAUAGUUGUACAGGAUAAAAGCACAUUUUUAGCAAUUAAUGAGGAUGUGUUUUCAGGAUUAGGCAACAUAGGAACAUAUACAAUAAAGCUGAGAGAAAAUGUUCAACCAGUAGUUAAGCCAAUUAGAAGGGUACCUCAGGUUAUAAAAGAUAGGUUGAAAGAAACUUUAUGUAAUUAUGAAAGUAGAGGUAUUAUUGAAAAGGUAGAGGGACCUACCACUUGGUGUAAUAAUUUAGUUAUAGUGGAGAAACCAGAUAAGUCUCUUCGGUUAUGUUUAGAUCCAAAGGAAUUAAAUAAAGCUAUUCUAAGAGAAAAUUAUCAAAUCCCUUCGCCUGAAGAAAUUUAUAACUCACUUGCAGGAAAAGGUGUCUUCACAGUAUUAGAUCUCAAGGAUGGAUUUUUUCAAGUAGUCUUGGACGAUGAAGAAAAGCUGUGUACAUUUGGUACACCAUUUGGCAGAUACAGGUUCAAAAGAAUGCCAUUUGGCAUAUCCUCUGCUCCCGAGGUAAUGCAAAGGUUAAAUACUGUUAUUUUUAGUGAUAUACAAGGAGUACAUGUGUACUACGAUGACAUAAUCGUAGCUGGAGAUAGUUUGUCAGAACAUGAUCAAAUUUUAAGUAAGGUAAUAGAUAGAGCGAGAAAGUUUAAUGUUAAGUUUAAUAAGAAUAAAGUUCAAUAUAGGGCGGAGUUUGUUAAGUAUGUAGGGUUAUUGCUAUCAAAAUCAGGGAUAAAACCAGAUCCUGAGCAUGUGAAGGCCAUUGUUGAUUUAGAAAAACCAAAAAAUGUUAAGGAAUUACAAAAGUUCUUAGGAAUGUGUAAUUAUUUAAGUAAGUUUAUAUCAAAUUAUUCAAAAACAACAGAGCCGCUUAGAGAUUUGUUAAAGAAAGAUGUGUUGUGGGACUGGGGUAGUUUGCAAGAAAAAGCAUUUCAAGAGGUAAAAUGUAAAAUUUCCAGUGCACCUACUUUAGCAAUAUUAGAAAAAGAUGGUACAUUAACAUUGCAAUGUGAUAGUUCUAAAAGUGGUAUGGGUGCUUGUUUGUUACAGAAGGGUAAACCUGUUUCUUUUUACUCUAGGUGCUAUACAGAAUGUCAACAAAGAUGGGCACCCAUAGAAAAGGAGCUAUUUGCAAUUUGUUUAGCUAUGGAAAAAUAUCAUCAAUUUGUUUAUGGGCGUAAAAUAGUUGUAGAAACAGACCACAAACCUUUAGUUGCCAUAAUGAAUAAAGAUAUAAAUCAAAUCUCAGCUAGGUUACAAAGAAUGGUAUUAAGACUGUUAAAAUAUGAUUUUGAAAUAAAGUAUAUUCCGGGAUCUAGAAUGUUUGUAGCUGAUUAUCUAUCUAGACAUUAUAAUACCACUAACGGGCAGAUAGAAAAUACAUUAAAAGAAUUAGUUCAUUGUGUGAGUUCAGAAACUGUGUACGGUUUAGAGGGUGAAUUACAAAUUUCAAAAAGGAAACUGAUAGAAUUACAACAGGAAUCAAUGAAGGAUGGUAACUUGCAACAUAUUAUGACUUGGUUUAAUACAGAGUGGCCCAAAAAUGCUAAAAAUAUAUAUGGUACAGAAUUAAAAAAGUUGUUUAAAUUAAGAAAUGAGUUAAUGGUAAAAGAUAAUAUUGUAUAUUUUGAGAAUAGAGUGUUAGUGCCUAGAUCAUUAAGAAAGGAAUUAUUAAGUAUUGUGCACUCAGGUCAUGCAGGAGUUGUGAAAUGUAAAAAGAGGGCAAGGAAAGUUUUAUUUUGGCCAGGAAUGUCGAGAGACAUAGAGAAUUAUGUAUUAUCAUGUAAACCAUGUGAAAAAUAUAGAGUAUCUAACUGUAAACAACCUCUGAUGUCUCAUGAGAUUCCGGAUUUGCCAUUUAGUAAAGUAGGUAUGGAUGUAGGUCACUAUGCAGGUAAAGAUUUCUUAGUUGUGGUAGACUAUUUUUCCAAAUGGAUUGAAAUGGUAUGGUUAGAAAACAAAACAGCUUCAAUUAUAAUACAAAAGUUAAUGAAAAUUUUCAGUACUCAUGGAUUUCCAAGAUAUAUAGUCAGUGACAACAUGCCAUUUGGUAGUUUUGAUUUUAAGCAAUUUGCAUUAAAAAAUGACAUUGAGUUAAUUAUGUCUAGUCCUCAUUAUCCUCAGUCUAAUGGUUUAUCAGAAAAAGCAGUUGGAAUUGUAAAAAGUUUGUUAAAAAAAUGUGAAGAGAGUGGUACCAGUUUUGAUCUGGCAAUGUUGCAUUAUAGAACCAGUCCAGUGGCAAAUUUAGAUUAUUCUCCUUCAGAGUUGUUAAUGAACAGGUUGUUAAGAACAAACUUACCAUGCUCAAAAGAACUUUUGAAAUCUAAGUUGUGUGUAGAUGUUAAAGAAAAAUUGUUAAAAAAUAAUGAAAAAUCUAGGACCAUUUAUAAUAAAACUUCUAAAUUGAAAGGGUCUUUUAAAAAAGGGGAAGAUGUGAUUAUACAGAAUGUACCUUAUAACAAGUAUUGGUCUUCAGGUAAAGUGAUGGAAGAAGGAAAUGGUCCUAGAUCGUUCACAGUUAUGAAUGAUAAGGGAAAUUUAGUCAGGAGAAAUGAGAAACACAUAAGAAAAAGUAAAAACAAAUUUAUUAAAAAAGAGGAAUGUUUGUGGGGUAGUAUACCAGGUGAGGCUACAAGGGGGGAGACUCCGGUGGUGUUAGAUGACCCAGGGGUAUCUCAAAGAAGUGUAGAGUUGUUAGAAAACCAGUUUAUUUGGAAGAGUUUGAUUUAAAAUAAUAUAGUAAAAUAGAUAAUAAAUAUUAGUAUAUAAUAAUUUAAAAAUAAAUAAAAUAAAUAACAUAAGGGGGGGAUGUGUCAUAUUAGUGUCAAUGUCAUUGUCAAGAGAGAUAGACUAACAGUUGUAACGGCCAUACAAGUCAAUAAAUCAGUUGGGCAUUGCGUCAUCAUGCAAGCGAA